AUGUCUUGGCGAACUAUUCUCCUUGCUUGUCUUAUGUUCUCCACACUUGUUAUACCAAUCGUACAAUUAUCAUUUGGAUUUCAUUUUAUCAAUACACCAGAAAAUUGUCCGGCACAACGUGAUCUCAUGUUAUUAAUGGCUAUUGGUGGCGUUUUUCAAGCGCUAUUCUUCGCUGCAACGUUUGGCUUUGUGUAUAGGAUUACUCCAUCAAAAUAUAAAACCGAGAAAAAACAAACGGUGGCACAACAGAGUGCGAAAGGAAACAGCCGCACAUCGUUCGUUGUCAUAGGUUGUAUUACGGGUAUUAUCGGCGCAUGCGCUAUCAUAUUCUUCGUUUUAUUGCAAAUUCAAGUUUAUUCGAUCUUCAAGACUGUGAAUACUAAUAAUACAAGUGAUCCAUUAUAUUGUUUAUUUCAAAUCUUUUCCAGUGCAUUUGGUCUGAUUAUCGCUACUUAUGUGGCGUUUUUAUUACUUUUUAUAGUUAGUAUUAUAUUUUUAUGCGGAAUCGGCGCUGGAAAGACGUAA